GCCGUCCACACCUCCGAAGAUGACAGAACUGUAUACAGUGGUGAAGAGCAACAUGGGCCGACUACAAGCUUUGACAAGCAACCAUCCGCAGCAUUCAUGUCACCUCCUGGACCAAGUGCUGUUCGAUCAAGGUGCUCAGAACAUACCCCCCUUAGAAGAGACCGGAGGGGCAAGACAGACCCAGUCCAACUGUUUUCAUCGGCCCAGCCAUCUGGACAUACAAGCGAGAAAGGCAAGGAAGAGAAGCAGUCACAGUCUUCUUGGACCAGAAACUUGCGUGGGCUUCUCGGAGACAUUCAAGAGAUCGAGUCAUUCGAGGCACUAAGAAAGAAGCUAAAAGAAGGACGAAACAGAACAGCAAUCAAACCUGUAUAUGAUAAGACUGUUGCCAUACUGCAAACAAAAGUAAGCAAGCAGUAUUCAAACUUGAAGAAAGACAUCGAGGCAUUUGAACGAGAAUAUAUGUUUAAACAUAAUUGUGCAAUUCCUACAUUACAUGAUAUAAGGGAAGCACCUGAUGACAUCAAAGCUUUGUAUAACAGUCUGAAACAGGCAAAGUCUCUAAUGAAGGCAUUUGGAAUGAUUUAGAGAUUGAAGCAUUCCACUUA